AUGGAACAAUUUUUAUGGCAGUUUCCUUAUCUAAAGCAUUUAGAAAUCAAAGCUCAUGGUUGGAAAAAUCUUUUUGAUGGAUACCAAUGGCAAAAAUUAACUAAUUUCUUCACUACAUUCAAUUUCAAGUUCGAUACAGAAGAUAUUUUAAUGGAUAAUAUUCUCGACUCAUUUUCUACUCCAUAUUGGCUUGAAGAAAAACAUUGGUUUAUCGGAUACAAAAACGGAUGUUUAUUUUCAAUACCUCAUUUUGCUCCUGAUCAUAUCGAUAUUUCUUGGCAAACAAGUCUUCGCUCCACAGCACUUAAUCAUACGGUUAUCUACGAUCGUCUAAAUAAAAUUACAAUAAAAACAGAUGUCAUCGAUAGUAAUUAUUAUUUUACUCAUAUCAAAGAACUUAUACUCGAAUGUUCAAUAUCAGUCCAGAUUCUUACUUCUACUAUGGAUCUAAAUCAAAUAAAACACUUAUCUGUAUUAUCAAUAGAUGACAUAUUAAAAUUAAUUCCUCUGGAAUCAAAUAUGCCUCAACUAUGUGAAUUAUCAAUUAAAAAUGAUGUGACAAGUGAUAUGAUUGAACGAAUUCGACUUUAUCGAUUUUCACAAAUUCAUAAACUUGAAAUAGGCAUUUUUACUAAAUACAGUGAUUAUAUAACUGAAGAAUUAUUUCGUCUUUUUGCAUUUGUACAACAUCUUAUUUAUAAAUCACCUAUUGAAUCCAUACAAACAAUGAUUUGUUUCAUUGAUGGAUUUAAACAUUUAUCAAAUGCAUCUUUUUUUUGUGAUGAUGUAUUCUUUGACACCGAAGCCAGUUUUUGUCAAGAUCCAAAUUCAAUAAUCGAGUACUCAAAACGACUUACGAAAGAUAAUUUUACAUGUCGUAUUUAUCGAUCAACAAAAUAUGGUUUAUCAUCAUAUGGUAUUUAUUGGUGGAUAGAAGACCAGCCAUCAUCAUCUAUUGUAAAUAUGUAUUGGUUACCGCAACAAAGAUAUCAUUGGUAUCGAUUUAAAUAUUUUUUCUUAUUCAUGUUCCAUAAAAGUUUUUGUUUUAAUUAA